AUGGAAACGUAUCGGAAAACUUUUCCAUCUGAUCAUGCAAAGUUGGCAUCUGUCUAUCAUGGUAUGGCCUUGGCGCUCUAUUCUGUGGGCGAAUAUUCUACAGCACAAUCCUCCUACCAAAAAGCUCUCGAAAUUCAAGAGAAAUUUCUUCCAUCUAAUCAUCCCGAUGUAGCAACUACCUACUGUAACAUUGCUUUGUUGCAUCGAUCAUUAGGAGAAUAUUCAAAGGCACUUUUCUACUAUAACAAGUCGCUUGAAAUUCGACAAAAAUGCUUUGCAGCGGAUCAUCCAGACUUGGCAGCAACCUAUAACGGUAUUGCGCAGGUAUAUCGUUCUAUGGAGGAAUACUGCAGUGCACUUUCAUAUUUUCAAAAGACACUUGAAAUUCAGCAAAAAUGUCUUCCAUCAGAUCAUCCAGCUUUGGCUUUCACUUACUACGGCCUUGGUACUGUAUAUUACGCGAUAAAAGAUAAUUCGACAGCACUUUGCUUUUAUCAAAAAGCACUUGAGAUCUUCACCAAUUGUUUUCCAUCAAACCAUGCUCAUACGGUUACCACGUAUGGAAAUAUUGCAUUGGCGCAUGAAUCAAUGGGAGAGUAUAUGAAAGCUGCUUCUUAUUAUGAAAUGGUACUUGAAGGAAAACGGAAGAGUCUUUCAGCCAAUCAUCCUUUGCUAGCUAAGGACUACAAUAAGAUCGGUUCAAUGCAUUUUCUCGUUGAAGACUAUGGUGAAGCAUUAUCAUACUAUGAGAUGACUUUCGAAAUUCUAGUUAAAGCAUUGCCUUCUGGUUAUCCAUUAUUGGCUAUUCCAUACAGAAAUAUUGCCGAUGUUUAUCGAGCUAUGAGACAAUAUUCUUGCGCACUAUCAUACUAUAAGAAAGUACUUGAUAGCAUACAGACCGUGCCUUCCUUCUAUUUUCCAUGGCAACUAACUGUUCGUAAAAAUGUGAUUGAGAUGUCGGAAAAACUAAAUCAAUAUGACGAUACUGUUAAUUAG